AUGCACGGCCUUGAGAAAAUAGCAACGACGGUGUCUGAUUUGGACUGGCGCUUCAUUGCAUCUACCACAACAGUACUUCUUGUGGGCUACAUUUUCCUCUUCCGCCCCCUACAGAACAUCCUUUUCCAUUCACUCAAGAAGUAUCCCGGCCCCAAACUCUUUGCCAUAUCCUCGAUUCCAUAUGGAUUCUGGUAUAUGACAGGCAAAUGGCAUAACAAAAUACGCCAGUUGCACGCCACGUAUGGGCCAAUCGUCCGCAUUGGGCCAAACGAAUUGUCGUAUGCCUGCCCCGAGGCAUGGGAGGAUAUAUAUGAUCGUUACGUGCCGGCUAAGCGCAAAGAGAAUCCCAAGCCAACGUGGUACUGCAGUCCGGAUGCUCACGAAAUGGUUGGUGCCAACUUGGGUGAUCAUGGUCGCAUGCGUCGCGUCAUGGCACCAGGCUUCACCUAUAGCGCCAUGUGCAAGCAAGAGCCUCUGAUCAAGACACAUGUAGACUUAUUUCUCAGCAAGCUGCAUGACAUCUGCGGUCGAGGAAAAGCGACAAUUAACAUGCUCGAAUGGUUUACUUACUGCACCUUCGACCUCAUCGGGGACUUGUCGUUUGGCGAGCCCUUCGGAUGCAUGGAAAACUCCAUGUUGCACCCGUGGCUGCAGCUUGUUUUUGCAAACAUUUACGUCACGCAUAUAAUCUUGCUUUGCAAGCGUAUUCCCUUCUUCUAUCUCUUUCUUCCUAUCAAAACGACACUACAGUUAUACCGCGAUUUCAACAGACAUGUCCUCCUCUUGCGCCAAGUCGUCGAGCGCAGAUUGGCACUGACAACACCACGCAAUGACUUUAUGGAAAUCCUGUCGUCAAAGCCGAGUAGCACUCUUUACCUUACCAACGAAGAGAUAUUCAAAAAUGCUAUACUGCUCACCGGUGGCGGCGCAGAGACCACUUCCAGUGUCCUCACAGGCAUGGCGUUCAUCCUGACAACCAGGCCUGACGUCAAACAACGUAUCGUCGAAGAACUACGUAAAACUUUCCCAACCGAAGAAGACAUCAACAUGCGAAGCGUGGCGCAGCUGACGUAUACGGGUGCGUUCAUCGAAGAAGCGAUGAGGUACUACCCUCCUGGCCCAAACACGAUGUGGCGCACCACUCCCGCUGGUGGCAAUACGAUCCUUGGUGAUUACAUUCCUGCAAAUACUAUUGUCGGAAUUCCACAUCGCGUCUUGUACCGUAGCGAGGCAUACUGGAAGCACGCAGAUGAGUUUCAUCCCGAACGCUGGCUACCCGAUGGCCAGCGUCCCGCCGAGUUUGACCAGGACCGUCGUGAGGGGUUUCACCCCUUUUCCUAUGGCCCACAUGCCUGCAUCGCCAUGAAUUUUGCAUAUGCUGAGAUGCGUUAUAUCCUUGCUCGAUUCUUGUGGAACUUUGAUAUCCAAGGCACAGAGAAGAGCAAAGGUUGGAUGGACAAUCAGAAGGCGUAUUUGGUGUGGGACAAACCGGGUUUGUUCGUGCACUUGAAACCAAUUGUGAAGGAAGGCGUGGGGGAAUGA